AUGCAUGUUGAUUGUUCUCGGUCAUCUGAAGCCCCUGUUAGAUCCCCGGAUGUUGUGAUAUCCAACAAUUUCAUGAACAGCGCGUUUAAUGAUGACCAGGUUAUGGAUAAUGUAGAAGGGGAAGAUUCGCAUAUGCAGGCCAUGACUGUUGCUGUUUCUGGAUCAUCUCUUGGUCCUUCUAUGUUUGCUGAAUCAUCACGCGGCCAGUUAGACGGUUUUUCUGUAAAAAAAGGGCAAACUAAAGUCUGGAAUGGAAUUCCCACACACAAGUAUCUUCGAUGCUCAAAAUAUGGAAAACCACAACCAAAGAGGACUUUCGACACCCUAGAUGAAUCUUCUGUUAAGCACCGGAGGACCAACUUCACAUGGUGUGACUGUAAGGCAAGCAUGCUAGUCUCGAUCUCGAACGAUUCAUACACAGUUCUGAGUUUCAAUGAUAUUCAUAAUCAUGAACUUGUUGAGAGUUACAACCGUGAUCUUGGCAAGAUAUCAUGGAAGCUGUCAUUCUCCACGAAACAAUUUAUUCACAAUAUGAGUCUAAACCGCAUCGGACCAAUGAGAGCUUAUAGAUGUCUUGUAGCUUUAAAAGGAGGGCAUCACAAUGUCAAUGGGACUCCGGUGGAUUUUAAAAACUUUAGCCACCAGUUGCGAAUUUUUAUUGGUGAACGCGACGCACAAGUUUUCCUUGAACGCCUGCGUGAGCGUUUUGACAACCUACCCAACUUCUACUUUGAUUACACUGUAUCAAAUGGAAAGUUGUCUUCUGUAUUCUGGGCUGAUGAGAUUUCAAAGCUAAACUACAAAGCUUUUGGCGAUGUCCUCGCGUUUGACGCAACUUACAGCACAAACAGGCUUUCUUGA